GCAAAGACAGCAAUCCUUUCCAAGCUAGUGGAUGUGAUCUUGAUGAGGGUAAGGAAUCUUUCUGCUCAACAGAUCUGGAUCUACCUCAUAAAUCACUACGGGCCUCCAAGUUUUGAAGAUCUGGUGGGCAAGCUGCAGGAGCAUUGGGAUGACCUGGAAGGCUGCGCUGUGGGAUUCUCUGAAGCAUGCAAAAUUGAUGCUCUUUGUGAAUGUUUUGAUGACAGAGUUUUCACAGAAAUCGUCAUGGCAGUGAGGGUAGCAGCCACAACGUUCGAACAUGCUGAAACUCUUCUCUCACAUAGUCGAGAGUUGAGGCAAGGGUUGAAGAAGCUUCUGCAGAUGGCCAUGGUCGAAGGUGAGGGUGCGGCGAGGACGUGGACACAGAAUUCAAGAAGGACGCCCAAGCAGUAGUCAAGGAAGCUUACAAAGUGAUGGAACUGACAAUCUUGGAGCUCGUCGUGCUUCAACAUGCUAUGGCUGUGGAUUGGAAGGGCAUCUCAAGAAAGAUUGUUAAGUUCUGCAGUGGCUCAGCCAACUUGAGAUUGCAGCAAAUUUUGCAGGUUCAGCUCAAAUAGAACAGCAGGAGGCAGUCACAGACGAGGAUGUGAAAAACACCUGAUGAAGGAUGAGCAAGCGUUCUCCAAGCUCAAGCGCUCACUAGCAGGUCGAGUUCGAGUUUGAAAUGGUGGAGUUGUUGAAGUUUCUGGAAAUGGGGAUGCAGUGGUGCAAGUUGGUUCGAAGAGUUUGCCUUUGAAUAAUGGGUGGUUUGUCCCACAACUUGUCAAGAACUUAGUUUCAAUAGUUAAGUUUACUUAUGCUGGGAUGAA